CGCCUUCAACCGCACCCUCAGCGACUUGUCGAAGACCUACCUCGCCGGCGACUCUCCGCUCUACCUACGGAACAUCACGCUGCUACCGCUGUACAUAGAGCUGCCAGAAGAUGAAAGGUUCAGUGCGCGGGUGCUGGAGCGGACGUGUGCGGCGUUGGACAGCCGACGGGUGGCCGCGCUGCUGGUCUGCGGGGGGGGGUCCGCCGCCGCCGCCAUGGUGUCGACAGCGGCCCGCGCCGGCGUCCCCGUGCUACGGUCAUCGCCCUCCCACCUGCAUUUGUCUUACACCAUUGCUAAUGAAUUGCUGGCUCUGGAAGUACGAUUGGAGAUAACCGCUAGAGAAACAUUACACGCACUCAGAGCCACUCUCCUGCACACUCAUUGGCAUACAUUUACUUUGCUUGCCGAGGAAGAUAUAUACACAACCCUAUCUCUAAGGAAGGAUCUGUCUUCAAUUCUCACCACUCAACCGCUUAAUCCUAAAUGGCUUUCGCUUCCAACGAAAUAUACUCGCCGUGCUCUUUUCAGACGCCUUGCUGAAGUAUCGAGACUAACCCGAGGUGUUAUUGUCCUGAUAUGUGAUAUACAUUAUGCUAAACAUGUAAUGGACGAAGCUAAACGCCUGAACAUGCUCGAAGGACAUUUUUUCUGGCUAUGGAUUGACGCUUCUAGCGAGUUUGAUGUCUUCCAUAAUAUCGGCAACAGAACAUAUUUUACAGAAGUGAAUGAUCAAGAACUAAAUAGCUUUAAGGAUAAGAAUAAUGCAGUGAAUGAUGAUAUUGAUGAAUUUGAACGCAGAAAACGAGAACAUGCAGACAAUAAUUCGAUAGAAGAAGAAAGACUUCUUGAUACGACAAAAAACAAAGUUCAAUUUUCCAGGAAAAAUAUGAAUAGUGAAAAUCGCACUUCUGUAAAAAAUAGUUCAAGGCAUUCGAUUUUUCGUAAUAAAAUUAGAAAUAUAAAUAAAUUUGAAACGCACAUAAAUAACAAAUUAUUAUAUGUAAAUUUUAGUCGUUCGUUUAAUAGUAGUCAAAAUAUUAGUGAAGAGAACGUAAGGAAUUAUGUAAAUAACAAAGGCGUUGAAACUUCUAAAAAUGAAAACAAUUCAAUUGAGAAGGAAAAUAAAUCUUCUCUGUAUAGAAAUAUUAGUAGACGUACUAGCUCUAGAAAACUAAAAAAUGAAUCUUUUAAUAAAUAUGUAAAUAGUAUAAGUGAAAAUGAAAUGUAUGAAAGCAAAGAUAUGUUAAUGGAAGAAAGAAUUGUAAUUAGUAAUGAUAAUGAAGACCUAAGAGAUAACUUAUUAUUUUCAAGUGAUAUUAGUGAUUUCAUAAUGAAUCCCACGGUGCAUACUCCUACGGUGAAUAAAUUUAGAAAUAAAAAUGAGGAUCGAUUAGAUCGGCUAAUGAUGAAUCAAGAUGAUGAACCGAUAAGCGAUGUAAAAAGUAAUGUAUCUUCAAUAUUUAAUUCUCUGCCUGUUGGACUGUUGGCGCUAUAUCCUCAGCCCAUGAAAAUCGAUGAUACGUUUGCCCGCGCCGCAGUUCGGAUGAUGGUGGGAUCACUGCGUCGGGUGUUGAGAGCAUGUGAUGCCUGGUCCGCGCAGGCACAAUUUUUUAGCGACGCAACUGCUUCAUGUUGGGAUGAGCCUAGUGAUGCUGCAUCAGACUUUUCUAUGGAAUUUGUGAGAGAGAUGAGAAUGGCAACAGCUUUAGAACUGGCUGGUAGUGCAGGACGCUCAGAACGGUCAUUAACUGCAUCAUUUUCAUUUUUGAAUUUAGUAACAAACCCAGAAGGUUCUAAUGUAUGGAGGGAAGUCGGUCAUGUUUUAGGCCGCAGUGUCAGUUUGCAUACAAUUGUAUGGCCAGGAGGACGGCUUGUGGCGCAUGGACAGUCAUCUGGUGCUCGCACAAUUUUUCGUAUAGUCACUGCCUUAGCUCCGCCUUUUGUAAUGGAAGGCGAACUUGAUGAAGAUGGACAAUGUCUAAGAGGAUUACCUUGUCAUCGCCCACGAACAUCUGAUCGUGAUAAUCUCACUCUAGCCUUCAACGAAUUAGAAAGGGAAAAUGUUCCAGAUGUAGAUGAUUAUUUUUUUCCGACGCCUCAACCGAAUACUUUUUGGAAAAUGGCAACUCAUUGUUGCUAUGGACUAGCUAUGGACUUACUAGAAAAUAUUGCGCAAGAAUUAGAGUUUGAUUUUCAUUUAUAUAUAGUAGAGGAUGGCCUUUAUGGCGCCAGAAAGUUAGUGAAGCCAUAUCGAAACUAUAACGAAGACAAAAUCAUUAAUAGAGAUUUUUGGACAAAUCAGGAGAGUUACUUUUCACAGUAUAAACAUGGCUAUGGAGGGAUAUGGGAAGAUAAAAAUAAAGAUAAAAUGCCAUAUAUAUUUGAUGGAGAAUCACACGAAAAUCUCGAAAAAUGGGACGGUAUUAUUGGGGAUUUAGUUUCUGGAGCCGCUCAUAUGUCAUUUGCGGCACUUAGCGUAUCAGCCGCACGAGCUGAAGUAAUUGAUUUCAGUCAACCUUAUUUUUUUAGUGGAAUAUCGAUAUUGGCGGCUCCAAAUCAGAGACCGGAUAUACCACUAUUGGCGUUUUUGUUGCCGUUUUCACCAGAACUAUGGAUUGCAAUAUUCACCUCUCUCAAUGUAACGGCUAUUGCUGUAGCGAUAUAUGAAUGGCUAUCUCCGUUUGGUUUGAAUCCAUGGGGUCGCCAGCGAUCAAAAAAUUUUAGCAUUUCUAGUGCUUUAUGGGUAAUGUGGGGUUUGCUGUGUGGACAUUUAGUGGCAUUUAAAGCACCAAAAAGUUGGCCUAAUAAGUUCCUCAUCAACGUGUGGGGUGGAUUUUCUGUGAUAUUUGUCGCCAGUUACACUGCCAAUAUUGCUGCUCUUAUAGCUGGACUAUUUUUUCAUAACGCCGUUGACAACUACCAAGGAAGAAGCAAUUGGCUGUCUUUACGAGUUGGGACAGCAAAGUCCUCGGUGGCGGAAUAUUACGUUCGACGACAUAACCCACAUCUGGCGCAACAAAUGCGUCGUUAUGCCCUUCAAGACAUCGAGGAAGGAAUUCAACGGCUUAGGAAUGGAACCUUAGACUUAUUGAUUGCCGACACGACUGUUUUAGACUACUAUCGCGCUACUGACCAUGGUUGUAAGCUCCAGAGAGUGGGUGAUCACGCCCUUACGCAAGAUACAUAUGCUAUUGGUAUGGCAAAAGGAUUUCCUUUAAAGGAUAGCAUAUCAGCUGUGAUAGCAAAAUAUUCCUCGAACGGGUACAUGGAUAUUCUGACUGAAAAGUGGUACGGAGCUUUGCCGUGCUUCAAACUAAGCCCGGAUUAUGGAAUUCAACCGAAACCUCUUGGAGUUGCAGCAGUAGCCGGAGUUUUCAUUCUUCUAGGAGUGGGGAUGAUAGUCGGGUGUCUCAUAUUAAUAUUGGAACACCUUUUCUACAAAUACACUCUUCCCGUUUUGCGUCAUCAGCCAAAAGGAACCAUUUGGAGAAGCAGAAAUAUCAUGUUUUUCAGUCAGAAACUUUAUAGAUUUAUUAAUUGCGUGGAACUGGUGUCACCACACCACGCAGCGAGGGAACUAGUCAAUACUAUUCGCCAAGGACACUUUACCUCAUUGUUUCAGAAGAGUGUCAAAAGGGAACACGAACAGCGUAGAAGAAGAAAGAGUAAAGCACAAUUCUUUGAGAUGAUACAAGAAAUCAGAAGGGUACAACAAGGUCGUGAUCACUCAUUAGAUUCAAUAAAGGAAAACGUCGCGGUUGAGACAUCAGUAUCAGAAGAAAUCACAGAGUCAAAAUUUCUAUCACCAUCCCCUGAAGUUUCUAGUAGAUCUCCUCGUCAAAUCAGAUCACCCAGACAACUUCGGUCUCCUAGAAGUCGAAGAAAAAGAUGUAGCCUUGCUGGUCUCAACGUUCGCCGAUUCAGUACUGAUUCAGUGUUAGGUUCUGAUUCUGCAUCUAUAUACGAGAAGACAAGCUUGAAUAUCGGAAGGCGGUUAAGCCGCGACGUUAGUUUCUUAACAAACUCUCCCCCUGACAUUAAUACUAGACUCCGCACGCCUUCUCCAAUGGUACGGAGACCCGAAGGUUCCUCGACCAGAUCAUACCAAGACGUAUCAGAAUCAUCACAAAAUUAUUUAUCUGUAGAUCCACCUAGUCAUCGAGCCAGUGUAGAGAUAAUGGUUUCCCAAGAAGCGGAUGUUCCACCUGCCCCCCCAUAUCCAAGAGUGUCUCCAACAGGAGCACGAUCAGAGUUAUCUCAGCUAUCUGAAAACGAACUCAUAAGAUUAUGGCGAAGUUCAGAAAGAGAAGUUAGAGAAGCUCUGUUGGCAGCAUUACAAGAAAGAAGAGCAAGUUUAGACCCAAAGCGAGAUCCAGGAUGAACUACACUACUAGAUUUUGAUCUGGAAAUGAAAUCUUUAGUAGAAAAAUCACUUCAUAUUCCUUAUAGGUGUUGGUCGCGCGGGUAGGAUGCAUAGGAGUUUUUUCGAGAACCUAUUCGUAAAGGUUGAAAUGGUGCCUUUUAACAUUGUUUGACGUGGAUCUAGCAGGCGAGUCGUUAAUAAAAUCCAGUGUUCAUUUAAGUGUCUUGUUAUAAUUGUAUUUUAGAGGCUUAGUAUCAUCGUUUCUUAUAAUUGAAAUUCGCGUCAAACAAAUUAAGAGGGCCGUAGAAGAUACUGAAUUUUGAGAUUUUUGCGUCCAUUUAUAUAAGAAGCGAUUGUUAGAUAUGAGAUAUAAAAUCAAUUCAUUUGUAUUAAGUGUUGAUAAAUAUAAUUAUAGCUAUGACCAGAAAAUUUAAAGUGCUUUAUUCUAUUACUAGUCUAGAUGGCAAUAGAUAAUUUUUUUCAUGUAGUAGUUCUAUACUAUGGUAGCUAAUAUAUUAUAUUGAAAAUAAUUAUAAUAUGUAUCUGGAUUUAAUCGUAAAGUUGUAAUAAUUGACAUUAUUUUAAUAACUUUAUGUUAUUUACCAAAUACAGCAUGUUUUAUCAAAUAAAUUGAAUUUAAGAAAAGCAAUAUAAAUAAAAAUAUCGUCUGAUACUUGAUACUAAUCUAGCUGAGAUUAGUCCUGUAAGGUAUUGAUAUUAAUAUUUGUUUAUCAUUAUUAUGUAUUACUACUAUUUUAAAGUUGUUAGAUAUGGCGCUACAUUUAUGUCUUGUCUGAAUAUUUUUUCGAGUAUUUUUUUGGUCUAUUGGGAAAAAUGUAAUCUUCUCUUGGUCGUUUUCUUCAUCACUGAAGAUCAUAUCAGCACUGCAGUGUCGUUCUUCGAAGUUUUAUUCCGAUCUUUUGUUAAUCAGACCAAUGUUAUAGUACGAGAUCCGGUAUAAGGAAUAUAUUACUCUCAUCUGUUAUUUAUUUCGGAUGAGAAAUAAAUGAUGGAAAAUAUUUACAGUGACACAUUGCAAAUAGAUUGCCUAGUGAAAUUGCGCCCGUCGAUUGUUAAAUGAUGAUUUUUUUUUUAUUUAUUUAAUCUACUUCCCUCUUACACUAGUAAGAAGAAUAUACCCAAGAGAAUUAAAAACUAAAGGUUGCCUACUUUCACACGGCAACUGUGGGGUUGCUAUUUACACAGUUAAUUAAUAUUAUACAAAUACCCUCACCAGUUAUUAAUCCGUCUAAUAUGUCAACAGAAAGCUUAUUUUAUGCUUAUUUUUAUUUUAUUAAGUUGCCUUUAUUUUUUUUAAAUAUGUGUUUGACCGUAAUUUAACUAGUCAACCUAUUUACAAUGUGUCAAUGUGAAUAUAUCAUUUGUUUUUUAUACCAAAUAAAUAACAGAUGAGGUUAUAUAUUCUUUAUAUCGAAUCUUACACCAUUAUAAUAUUAUGUUUGAAAAUUGUC